AUGUAUUCAUCAUUUAUUGUUACUAUUCUAUUUUUAUUUAUUCAAUUGGUAAUAGGUGCACAUGUUGAAGAUAAUCGAAUUAUUAUUGGAUCAAGUGUAGGUGGUGUACUUGGUUUAAUUAUUUUAAUUCUUGAUCUUAUUGCUAUUUUUGAAUUACUUAAAUCAAGUGGCCGUGGUGUAUGUUCGAAACUUAUUUGGAUUUUAAUUAUUAUCUUUUUCCCAAUUGGUGGUUUAAUUUUAUAUUGUUGUUGUGCACGAUCUCGUACGGUUGAUGAAAUUGUUUAA